AUGGUGAACGGUAAAGUUUGUUUAGCGUACUCGGGGGGGUUGGAUACGUCGGUUAUUUUGGCUUGGUUGUUGGAGCAGGGUUACGAGGUUGUUGCUUUCAUGGCUAAUGUUGGGCAGGAGGAGGAUUUUGCAGCGGCAGAGGAGAAGGCGUUGAAGAUCGGAGCCAGUAAAUUUGUGUGUGUUGAUUGCAGAGAGGAGUUUGUUAAGGAUGUUCUGUUCCCUGCUGUGCAGGUGAAUGCGGUGUAUGAAGAUGUGUAUUUGUUGGGGACGUCGCUAGCUAGGCCUGUAAUUGCGAAGGCUCAGAUUGAUGUUGCAGAACGGGAGGGAUGCUUUGCUGUGUCGCAUGGAUGCACGGGCAAGGGCAAUGAUCAGAUUCGGUUUGAGUUGGGCUUUUAUGCUUUGAAGCCGGAUGUGAAGGUUAUUGCACCUUGGAGAGAGCCUGAGUUUUUCAAUAGAUUUGCUGGGAGGAACGAUCUGCUCGAAUAUGCUAGUGUGAAAGGUAUCCCUGUGGCGCAGACUAAGGCUAAACCGUGGUCCACGGAUGAGAAUCAGGCGCAUAUUUCGUACGAGGCUGGUAUUCUGGAGGAUCCAGAUGUGACGCCUCCCAAGGAUAUGUGGAAGUUGAUCACUGACCCGGAGGAUGCUCCAGAUGUGCCAGAAGAUGUGACGGUUGUGUUUGAACGUGGGAUACCGGUUAAAAUUGUGUACAAGGAGGGCCAGGUUGUGAAGGAAGCUGUUGAACCGCUUGAUAUUUUUUUGACUGCUUCUAAGGUGGCUAGACGUAAUGGUGUUGGGAGGAUUGAUAUUGUUGAGAAUCGGUACAUUAACCUCAAGUCUAGAGGCUGUUACGAGCAGGCUCCCUUGACUUUGUUGAGAAGAGCCCAUGUGGACCUGGAAGGAUUAACGUUGGAUAAAGAGGUCCGCCAUUUGAGAGAUCAGUUCGUUACUCCAACCUAUUCCCGGUUACUUUACAAUGGUUCGUAUUUCACGCCAGAAUGCGAAUACGUUAGAGCUAUGAUUCCUCCUUCUCAGAAUACUGUUAACGGACAAGUCAGGUUACGUCUGUACAAGGGUAAUCUGGUUGUGCUGGGCAGAUCAUCUAGCACCGAGAACUUAUACGAUGCUAGCGAAUCAUCCAUGGAUGAACUAACUGGGUUUGAGCCCACUGAUACUUCUGGUUUCAUUGCUAUCCAAGCCAUCAGAGUUAAGAAGUAUGGCCAAUCUAAGAUUGACAGAAAUGAACCAUUAACUUUGUAG